ACACACACACACACACACACACCGCGUAUAAUCAAGGAUACAAAGAGCAGCACGUCAGCAAAUCCAAAGAUACCUGCUGGAAACACAAGAAAUGCAUUCAAAGUGUGCAUGGUGUGUUGUGUGUCUGCGUGUGCAUGGUGUGUAUAGACUGUGUGUGCAAUUACAAGGUCAUAGUGGAAUUUCAUCACUCUGAAGUCAGAAAAAUUCACUCCACAAGAGGUGCAAGUGAACAUGCGACACUUAGACUCAGGUUGCACCUUGACGAAGACUUAUGAGUGAUAGGGAGAGACAGUGUAGUACUACGUUUGCUGUGUGUUUUGGGGUGGGGAUAUGGUGGUGUACUGUACGGAGCAGAGGUGGGUCGAGGAACAGCUGAUUGCUUGGAUAUGGGGGGAGGAGGGUUUGGGUAUAUGGAACAGGCUGAACUGAAGGAAGAAAACAAGCUCAGGAAAUAAUGGUGGCGAGAAGAGGAGCGGGCUAGUGCGGUAAAGGGGCGGUCCUACUGUACUCAAAUGAAGGGAUAUGUAUGUAUAUGUACCCAAUAUCUUGCUCACUGCUGAGUCAAACCAAAGCAGCAAGGAUACAGCUCGUGUCUGAAGAACAGAAAGGACAUUUUUAUUGAGGGUCGAUUUUGGGAUAGGAAGACACAGUUUUGUUUGUGAGUUUUAAAAAAAGGAUGCUUUAGUCAGGUCUCUCGAGCUCUCGCCUGGAAACAAGGAAGCAGUGAACGUUAUUGUUUUGUGACAGGAGGUUUCUUUCGCAGUAUGUCACUGGAACACGCAAUUCUUGUUCACUAAAUGUACUAUUGAAUACGUGUAACUUGUUUGCUUAGACAUGUUUAAUAAGACGUCAAACAGUGAAAAUAUAUUAUAGCACAAUGAAAUCACAAAUGUGCUAGUCGCAUUACCGGUCAAACGAGAUAGAAAGCUAUCUCAUCUAAUGUUUUGUUGUGUGGUUGCCCGCAGCGCAAACUAGGCAUAUGUGUUUUUAUUUUACAAAAUUCGUUAGUGCACAAGCAGCUCACGAGUGCAACAUUAUAACAACAAAUACAUUGGUAUUCAGGACAACAGAAACAUGAUGAUGAUACAGAGCUAAAAAUAAAGUUUUACAUAAAGUGUAAGUGCACUGACUUUUUGUAUAUAUAAAUUAACCAUUUGUGUAGUGCGGUGCCCAUAACAUCUGAAAUCUCCAUUCGAUUUUUUUAAGGGUUGAAUUGCUAUAACAGUAUACAGCAACAAGUCAAAAUAACUUGUAUCCGAUCAUCUUCGACAACUUUGGGUGAGGUGUGUUGUGCUGUCUUACCAAAGCGCAAAUUGAGCCCCUACGUCCAAGCGCUCUUUAGCUGUCAACUGAGAGCGACCGCAGGCACAGCUGCAGCAGCAAGUGUCAACGAGGACUGAACAACUCUUAUAAAAAAAAUGACGAACGGACCAAGGCAACGAGGAUGUUCAGCGGCGUCUGGCGGGGAUGCUGGCCCCGAGUCCGGGAAAGAGUCCGGAGAAGGAGGGGUGGCUCUGAAGAAAGAGAUCGGUCUUGUGAGCGCGUGCGGAAUUAUUGUUGGUAAUAUCAUCGGCUCUGGGAUCUUUGUCAGCCCUAAGGGCGUGAUGGAGAAUGCUAGCUCAGUGGGUCUGGCGCUGAUCGUGUGGAUUGUCACCGGCAUAAUCACUGCCAUCGGAGCGCUGUGCUACGCCGAGCUGGGUGUCACCAUCCCCAAGUCAGGGGGAGACUAUUCAUACGUCAAGGACAUCUUCGGAGGACUGGCAGGGUUCCUGCGUCUGUGGAUCGCUGUGCUGGUGAUCUACCCCACCAACCAGGCAGUCAUCGCCCUCACCUUCUCCAACUACGUCCUACAGCCCCUCUUCCCAACCUGCUUCCCCCCGGAGAAUGGACUGCGCCUGCUGGCCGCCGUCUGCCUUCUUUUGUUGACGUGGGUGAACUGCUCCAGUGUGCGAUGGGCCACCAGAGUCCAGGACAUCUUCACAGCCGGCAAGCUGCUGGCACUGGCUCUCAUCAUUGUCAUGGGCAUCGUGCAGAUCUGCAAGGGGGAGUACUAUUGGCUGGAGCCAGCCCAUGCCUUUGAUCCCUUCCAGGAGUACGACGUGGGGCUGAUAGCCCUGGCCUUCCUACAAGGCUCCUUCGCCUACGGAGGAUGGAACUUCCUCAACUACGUCACUGAGGAGCUGGUUGACCCCUAUGUGAAUCUUCCACGUGCCAUCUUCAUCUCCAUCCCCUUGGUGACGUUCGUGUACGUGUUUGCCAACAUCGCUUACGUCACCGCCAUGAGUCCUCAGGAGCUGCUGGCCUCCAACGCUGUUGCUGUAACGUUUGGUGAGAAGCUGCUAGGCGUGAUGUCAUGGAUCAUGCCCAUCUCUGUUGCUCUGUCCACCUUCGGAGGGGUCAACGGGUCCCUCUUCACCUCGUCACGGUUGUUCUUUGCUGGAGCCAGAGAGGGCCACCUCCCCAGUCUCCUGGCCAUGAUCCACGUGAAGCGUUGUACCCCCAUCCCUGCUCUGCUCUUCACUUGUCUGUCCACCCUGUUGAUGCUGUGCACCAGUGACAUGUACACCCUCAUUAACUACGUGGGCUUCAUCAACUACCUCUUCUACGGGGUCACUGUUGCCGGGCAGAUCGUGCUGCGCAUCAAGGCACCCGACAUGCACCGACCAAUCAGGAUCAGUCUGGUAUGGCCGGUCAUCUAUCUAUUGUUCUGGGCCUUCCUGCUCAUCUUCUCCCUGUACUCUGAGCCCAUUGUGUGUGGCCUCGGCAUGGCUAUCAUGCUGACUGGAGUGCCGGUCUACUUCCUGGGUGUCUACUGGGACAACAAGCCUGAAUGCUUCAACAGCUUCGUUGCCAAGAUGACCUACCUGGGCCAGAAGUUCUGUGUGGUGGUGUAUCCAGGGGAAACGAAGGGAGCAGGGAACGGGGAGGAGGGCGAGGAGCUGAAGGAGGCCCAGGCUCCUCUCUCGCAAGACGAUGGGGAGACACGAAAGUCUGCAGACUGCUAAACACACACCUUUACUAGCCCCCCCCCACACACACCACCCCCACCCACCAACUCCUCAACACACACACACACACAAACUCAGAGAAACACACUCUCAUUGAGGUAGAGUCAGAGUUUCAGGUAUAUCACUAUGGCAGAGAGGGGUUAACACUCAUAGACUCGGGAAAUACUCUUAGUGACACACACUGUUUUUAUGUGUUCACCCAUCUGAUUGUAUCUUUGUUUCAAUCGCCAACGUUGUGCCAAAUAGAGGAGAGGAGGAGUAGACCUAUAUCCGGUCAUUACAUUUCAGUGGGCCACAUUUCAACGCUGCUUAUUGCAGAAGACAUAUCCAACCUGACAUCCUCACAGACACACACUCAUCUUUUCAUCCUCUAAUCCUUUCAUUUACCCCCUUUAACUACUCUUUUUUUUUUCAUCCUCUUCAUCUUCCUCCACACACUCCCUGAACACUCCACGAGUGAGAGAGCGCUGGCCAUUUUAAAGUACUCGUACUGUACUGUGGCAGAUUCAUCAUCAGCAUUGCUUUUGUGUUUUGUUUCUUUCUUGCCACCUUUGGAAUAGAAUGUGCCUUGUCUUACUGAAAACACACCAAAGCUGUAUUCCUUUAUCAAAACCAUCAAAUUCAGAUACAUUCUUUGAAUGUUCUGUUUCAAAUACACUAAAUACUGUCUUUGAUUCCAAAAUGUUUUUUUUUUAUAUCACGUGUCAUUGUUAUUAUAUUUGUGUUUUUAUGUUCUAUAUCAAUAACUUUUGGGUCUUCUUUUUCUUUUUUUGCAACAGCGAAGGUAUACUUUUAAGAGCCUUAUGAGGGAUCUGGUUCGGUGCCUUAGGUAGUGGUAUGUAAUUGUUAUCAUUGACAGGUUAUUUUAUCCAGAGAUUUUUAAAGAGAUUUUUUUUUUUUUUAAUCAUGUUGAUGAAAAAAACAAAGAAAUGGCCAUUUUGAAUAUUCCAGGUUGACUCAGUGUGUUUACGUGCUUACCUGAGGAAGAUUUCAUUAAAGGCAGACAAUCAACUCUACAAA